AGGGUGCACCUGCAUCAGCACUUUCUAAGCAAUUUGAGGAUGCUCUCAAGCUAUUACACCUAGCUCCUAAUCAGGCGCAAGACUUUCCGAGAGCAUUCGAAAGAUGCGCAGAAUGGGUUUAUAGAAGGAACUAA